UUAAGAAAACGUUUGUCACCUAAUUUGUAAGAAUAUAUUUUUGCAUCUCGCCAUAUAGUUUUGUAUCGCGCGGAAGCAACGCGAUCGUCACUGGAAAAUCUUCGGCGAAACGUGCCCCCUUCGUAGGAAAAGAAAGAGAAGGAGAAGAAAGAGGAGUAAGAGGGGCAUAUCCCGGCAUUAACCGGCUGGUCAGGGGUCGCAGUUGAUAAGCACUGAUUAUAACUUGCGCUCGACGUUUAACUGGUCAGUUCCUAUAGUGAAUCGCGUGAGCGAGCUACGGCGGAGUAGCAGGCAGCGGUAGCAGUCGCCAUUGAUGCGUUCUCCAAAAGCGAUAACGUGCGACAGGUGCGAUUAACGCUUGAGGAAGCGGAGGGAACGCCUUUCUCGCAGGUGUGACAGCUCGCGUAGAAUCCGAAGUGUGACACGAUGAAACGUCAAAUAUGAGCACGGAUGAACGCCGCGCCGUAAAGUAUGGAUUCACGCGCGAUAACGUAGAUCCGCCAUCGAGAUUCGAAUCGACCAAGAUAACAGAAAUGCGCCACAACGCCGGCGAAACUGAACUAGGCGAGGUACAGGUGAUCGCGACGCUACCCACCAACAACGUCCCGACGUCUACAUUGCCGUCGACAACAUCGCCGCGCACCGGCGAGCUUCCCUGCAAGAACGGCAGCUGCAAGGUGCGAAAGAGCCGGGCCGAACCGCGACUCGAGAGUCCUUGGCACACGCUCAAGACGAUCUUCCUAGUGUCCGUGAUCGUGGCGUUCCUGCUGUGGGUCAUAGUGUACACCUUACUGGACCAGUAUCAGAUCCUGUGACCUCUGACCGACGUGGCUUCAUCAACGUGUGAUUGCUACGUGCGUGUGUGUGUGUGUGCGUGGUUGCUACACAGGUCCUAUGGUCCUGCAAGCCUGGAUCUCUUACAGCUUCCACCAUCAUUAUGAUGAUCCCGCGAUGAACGUGGCUUUAUGUCUCCUGUGAUGACGACUGACGAUCCUGGCUAGUCCUGCGCGAUUCUUGCGCGUUACUCGCAUGCUGGAACAGUUUUUUCUUCCAUGUGAGAAAGAGAUGAUGAGACACACGAUGUAGAAUCUUCCGAUGGCCUCAUGCUGCAGAAUAUGUCGUAAGAUAAUCUAUCCGAGCACUUCCAACAGAGGAUUAUUACUCGAGAACAUACUAACCUAACGUGCGAUCAUACGUGGUAUUACGUUCGGGACCCGGCGAGUUUAUCGGCGAGACGCAAUGAAAUCUGCAGUCCGGAGUUCAGGAAGGAUGUAAUCUCGGAAGGAGAAUCGGAGGGACUUCCGUAUUAUUAGCCGUAAACGUCUCUGUAAAUCGGAUUGUAAUAUUGUAUAUUUCGUAUUGUUUUAAAUAUUUGCGACGUUUGUAAAUAUUCGAGUAAAAUACGGUUGUUAUAUAUGUAA